AUGUCAUCUACUUUUAUCAGAAUGCUCUCGAAUACCUCCGCUAAACCAAUUCGUCACUUGGUGUCGAUCUCCGAACUCUCACAUACCGAACUUCACUCGCUAGUGAAUCGUGCUGCCCAUUAUAAGAGCCUCGUCAAAUCAAAUACUCUUCCCCCAGAUAAUCUUGCUGAUGCCUUGAAGACCCAGACCGUCGGGCUUCUUUUCAGCAAACGUUCGACCAGAACCCGUAUUUCCUCCGAAGCUGCUGUCAACUACUUUGGCGGCCACCCACUCUUUUUGGGGUCCCAAGAUAUUCAGCUAGGAGUCAAUGAGUCGUUUUACGAUUCGAUCAAGGUGAUUUCCUCCAUGACCGGGGCGAUCUUUGCCAGAGUCAACUCCCACGACGAAAUCCAACAGCUCGUCAAGCACAGCAGUGUCCCAGUGAUCAACAGUUUAUGUGACACGUAUCACCCACUUCAAGCGAUCUGUGACAUGUUGACCAUCAAGGAACAAUUCAACGGGGAUGUCAAAGGUAAGAAAUUGACCUGGGUAGGCGAUGCCAACAAUGUCAUCAAUGAUUUGGCAGUGGCCGCCGCACAAUUUGGCAUGAACGUUUCCGUGGCCAUUCCUCAAGGAUACAAAUUCGACGAACAAGUCGCUGCCGUCGCCACCAAAGUGGCUUCUGAACAAGGUUGUAAGUUUGAAGUGGUCCAUGACCCACUCGUUGCCGUAAAAGACGCCAAUAUCGUGGUCACCGAUACUUUUGUCUCUAUGGGUGAAGAAAGCCAAACUAAGCAAAAACUCGAAACUUUCAAGGGAUUCCAGGUUUCCAAGGAAUUGAUUGAACAAGGUCAGGUCGCUAAGGACUGGAGAUUCAUGCAUUGUUUACCACGUCACGAAUACGAAGUCAGUGAUGAAAUCUUUUAUGGAGAAAACUCGGUGGUGUUUGAAGAAGCUGAAAACAGAUUGUACGCAGCCAUUGCCGUGCUCGAAGCCUUGGUCGUCAAUAAGGGUAAGUUCCUUUGA